UAUUUCUUUGACAUUUAUUUACAAUUUUUUUAUUGGUAAAAAAUAUAUUUUUCAUAAAUAAAAGAUUGGUGCAAUUUUAUAAAUUUGGUGUAAAUAGCUUUUAUAGUUUCAAUUUUAUUUAAACUGUGUAACAAAAAUUGGUAUUAUUGGAAACAAAUGCCGUUAAACGAAAGUUAGAAAUUUACGAUUUUUAUAAAAACAUAUGGGAUAAAAAAAGUCGAAGACAAUAAAUUUAUACAAAAAUUUAUAAUGUGGGAAUGCCACAAAUGUGGGAAACCAGUUUAUUUUGCUGAAAGAAAGCAGUCACUUGGGUAUGAUUGGCAUCCAGAGUGUUUGCGAUGUGAAGAAUGUGGAAAACGCCUUAAUCCAGGGCAACAUGCUGAGCAUAAGGGCAUACCUUACUGUCAUGUUCCCUGUUAUGGGGCGCUUUUCGGACCGCAAUUGUUUGGACACGGGACAAGAGUUGAAUCUCACAAAAGUUAUGGCCAAAAAGGAACACCAAAAACAUCUGGGAAUAUUUCAACGAAUAAUCUCGAAACCAAAAUAAAGCUUUACAAUAAAUUCUUCAAUAAUAAGAGCAUGGAAAUACGUAGCCGGGAAGUUAAUAAUAGAUUAAUUCUAGAAGGAGCAUUACGUGUUUAUUGGGGUGUUCAUGGGGUUAUCCAUUUGAAGGAAGAUGUUGAUCAGAGGCCAGUUGUUGUUGUUAGGAAGAGAAAUUCCUGCAGAAUAGGGAAUGAUGAUGAAGAAGGCAAUGACGCAGAAACGUCCGACAGAGAAAAUGAUGAAAGCGAAUCUGGAUUGGAAAGUACUACAACAAGUGCUUUGGAUGGUUACUCAACAGACAUAUCAAUGUCGGAAAGUAUGGCUUUUGAUUCAAGUAUAGCAGAGGACACUGUAGCAGAAAUAUCAAGUAACGAGGAUGAAAACUCUCCAAAUAAGAUUGCAGCUACUCUACCGAGCAAAUUUGAUACUAUGAAUGCGGAAAAAGAAUAUUUAGAUGAACUUUUGCAGGUAGAGAGAAAUCUUGACAGUGUCAAUAAAGGGUACCAAACUAUGCCAUCACCAUCACAGUCUUCUUUAAGCGAAACAUCAAAAUUAAAUUCUAAGCAAAACAGUAUCGAAAGCACCGACAGUGAUUCUAAAAGUUCUUCUAAAUAUGAUAGUAUUGAAAAUGAUAUUCUUGAUUCUAAAACUUCUACAAAAUAUGACAGCAUCGAAAAUAUAAAUGAAUCAGCAUCAUCUAAUCAGCUAGGCACAAAUACAUUCUCUGAAGGUACUGAAGAUGACAGUACAUUAAAGCCAUUAGAUUUCGAAGAUUUCAAAAAGAGCAUGUAUUUAGAAUAUGCGAACGGUUCUAAAGAAAUGCUAAAUAACGACAGUUUAAAAGCUAAUCAACCAAUAGAUCCAUCCCGAAUAAAUGAUUCCUUAAAACUUUAUAAUAAUACUACAGAUAUGAUGAGCAAAAGUUUUAAUUGUGAAGCUGCCCUUAGAAGUAUUAAUUCUCAAUAUCCAAAUGAACUGUUAAACGGGAGACGCGUUUCAGAAGACUUAUACGCACUUAAAUCAUAUGCAGUACAAAAAAGUGCAUCGACUUCAUCAAAAAAUACUGCAAUAUACGAGAAUCCAACCCGGUAUGAAAAGGGUUUAGUACAUUCAAAAUCGGAUCACAAUUGCUUUAGUUUCCUGGAUAGUGAAGAAGAAACGACUUUAAGACCCUCAACAGUUAAAAGAAAUGAUGCCAAAUUUAUUAGUAUCAAUAUGAACUGCUAUAAUCAAAACAAGCAAGCAGACAUAUUAAAUAAAUCUUUGGAAAAGAGUACCAAUAAUACAGUUACUGAUGCAUAUGAAGAUCCGAAUUCACUAUCGGAUGGGAAACCCUACAUAACUGAAGAUGGUGUUCAAUUAAGAAGAAAAUUCAAAACAGGUUCCACUGCCAUUAAACGUCGCUCUGGAAAUAAGAGAACUCGAAUAAAGUUAAAACGUCGUUGCUCAAUUAAUGGUCAUUUUUACAAUCGUGAAACAUCAUUUUUUACUCCUCCAUAUGGAUCACAAAUGAGUGUUUGGGUAACAUCAUUAGUAAACAGUCUCGAAGUUAUAAAUUUGUUGUUGGAAAAAUAUAAAGUUGAUAGUCAGGCACAGAAUUUUGCCUUAUUUAUUGUUAAAGAUAAUGGAGAACAAAGAAAGUUAAAAGAUGAUGAAUAUCCUUUAAUAGUUCAAGUUAUGCUCGGACCGCAUGAAGAUGUUUCAAGGAUAUUUUUAAUGGACUCGAAACAAACUCAAGAAAUAAGUAAUGAAGUCGCUCAAUUCAUAAAUUUAUCAGUACCGGAGUGCCAAGCUAUUUUAUCAAGAUAUUCUUUAGAACAAGAAAAGGAAGUUGUAAAAAUUAAAAACAAGUAUGAGGAAAUGCGUCGUCGAAUCGUGCAUCGCAUGGAAACUUUGAAAGUUCGCCUUUAAGAUAAAAGCAAAUAACGUGUAUUUAUUAAUAUUACAUUGCAAUUAUUAUAAUAGAAAAGUAAAAGAUAAAAAACUUUUAUAAAACACUUAAAUCGAAUAUUAUAUCAUCUCUUGUUUUUAUUUGUUUGGAUUUUAUUAAUGGCAUAUUUUAUGUUAUAUUAAAUAUUUUGCAUAUACGUGAAGUAUA